AUGGUUCUCGAUGACACCAGUGCAGUUGAUUUGAAAAUGGGAGACAAAGUUAGAGACCAACGGGAAGCUAAUUUGAAAAGAACUGUAAGUUCAAAAGAGUCCAUGUCUAAGGAGAAUCAACCAGAGGCUACUUCAAACCACCAAACCUCACAACCCUCAUUUUUUAACCCUCGACAACCAUCAGUAUACCAAAAACAGUUAAAGUAUGUGCCAAAUACAAACUUUUCAGGAAAUAAGAGCUCACUUUUGGUACAUGACAAUGAAGAUUCUCCCCAACCUUCUGUCCCAAACACAUUUCAUCACAAAUCUCAUCCAAAUGCAAGGUCAAAAGAAUUGGGUGGAAGCAGACUUGUUGAUGAUGAUCAGCAUAGUUCGCUGCAUCAGAGUUCACAUUUUUCAAAAAUUUUUCCUCAGGGGGUGCCAGAAGAGUUGAAUGAAAAAUGGACUCAACCUUCAACCACCGAAAACCCAAGCACCAAUUCAAAGGACAACUUUUUAAAUCAAAAGAUUAGAUCCAUGGAGUUUCAACCUAGCAGUACGGUAAUUCACAAUUCUGAUAUUCAAAUGAAUGAAAAUCUUCCAUGGCGAUCAGCAAUCGAAAGUCCAGCUGGGAAAAACUUGCAAGAUAGGUUUCACGACUCCAAGGAGAUGUCAAACAAAGAGACAACCGCAUCUUCUGUAACCUCCACGCCAGUGGGUACAACCCGAAGAGUUUCAUCCACACUGUACCCAGUGGCCAUUGAUUUGAACCAAUUCAAGCCAGUAUCUCCCUUGAAACUAUUCAAAGAAAACUAUGAUACAUACACAAGGGACAAGCUCGAGGGAGUGUUACAGGGCGUUUCCAAGGCAAAUACCCCAGCGCAAGCUAAUGUCCGACCAGACUCUAGAGAACCCAAGUUACAAAAACCUGCAUUGAUUGAAAAUUUGCAAGCGUCGAAUAUACCGCCGAAACUAAGCAUCAAGGAUUUCACCAAGACAGAUUCCUAUACUACCAACGCAUACAAAGAGAAUGCAGAAAAUCUAUUCUCCAAGCUUGUUCAAAAGGGUCACAAGUGGAAUAUUGAACGAAUGAGGAGCGUUUCCAAAGAGACGGCAACAUCGACCCCAAAGAGGACUCCACUGCAACCCGUUGAUGAUCAUGAUAGCCACUAUGCAUCAUUCAGUACAGGGUACAGCUCUGAGGGAAACAGUGUCCCAGUUGAUGCAGUGAAUGAGAAUAACCGGCUUUCCAACGAAUUCACUUCCAUUACCAAUGACUCUGAGAGCCGCAGCGAAAUGAAGGUAGAUGAGAUGAAUUCAGACGUGACAUUUGAAUCACAGUCUGAGAUGGUGGAGGAAUUGAAUGACAUGCAAAGAUCCAUGCAUACGCAGGACUUUGAACUGGGCGGUGGGAAACUUACAUCAUCGAGGACUCUUGAAAGCGACCAACUGGAUCAACUUGAAUCGUUGAACAUGGAUGGAGAAAUAGAAGAUACGAUGGGAACCAUAAAAUUGAAGCCAAUCAACAAAUUGCGAAGCGACUUCAUUACACCUCUUGUGAAUGGAAAAAUGGAGCCAGAUAUAUGUUUAUCUCACGAUUACCCGGGUAUGUUUUUUGAUCCUGUCAAUCUUAAAUGGAUCAGUACGGACUCACAAAAUAAAACAUUGGAUAAUAUAGCCGACUUGACUGACAAUGAGGUGGAAUUGCCGGGCAUUUUGAAAAAAGAAAACUCAAAAAUGAGAAAGAACAACUUUGAAGUAUCAUUUCAGGAGCCCAAUUCAUUCAGUCAAAGCUUUGACAAACAUGAAGAUGGAGUUGUUGUGGGUGAUGUCACAAAAUUAUCCCAAUUGGUUGACACUUCCUUUUCCGAAUCUCGAAAGAAGCUAGUGUCUACCUUGAAUCGAGUUUUGGAAUUAAAGCUAGGCGUUUCUUCUUGGCAAGAUGUUGAGGAGACAGAUUUGUCUCGCUGCGAGUUGAGCUCCCUCGUGGACUUGUUUGAGUUCUUGCCCAAGUUGAAAAAGUUGAAUGCAGCAGGCAAUCACAUAAAAUAUUUGGCUGGUUUACCUCAUAGUAUUGUUGAUCUUGAUUUGUCUGGAAAUGAGGUUGAAGACAGAAGUUCGUUUCGUGAAUUGAGAGAUUUGCAUCGUCUCACGCUUGACCAUAAUAUUUUGACAGAAACAACGAAUUUUUCCCGAAACAUCAACUUGACGGUGUUGAAGCUAUCGCAUAACAAGAUUGAUGAUAUAAGCGGCUUGCAAAAGUUGUCGAAUUUGUUUUACUUAGAUUUGUCUUUCAACAAGCUCAAAAAUUUGAAUAUGAAAAGAUACGAGUUGACCAAUCUCCAGGAAUUGAACGUGUCUAAUAAUUUGAUUGAAACGAUAGAGAGUAUCGACCACCUUCUUGCUUUGAGGAUUUUGAAUUGUAAUAAGAAUCGAAUAUCAAAAGUGGAUUGUGCUAAUACCGGAUUGAGAAAAUUGUUGAUCAACCAAAACAAUUUAAAUUGCUUGGAUCUCAAGGGUAUGAGGCAAUUAUUAUGUGUGAAGUUUGAUGGUAAUGUGAUUACUCAGUUGGAGUUUCCCCGACGUAACCUUAUUGAGCGGGCAUCUAUGAAGUCACAGCCAUAUAUGAGCCGAAUUUGGGGUGAAUCUGUUCCACUUUGUGAUCAAUUGAGGUCGUUGGAUUUAUCAGGUAAUCGAUUGUUGCCAAACUGUGCAUUCCCGUUCAUAAAUGAGUUGACUUUAUCUGCCAUGAAUUUGACUCACUUGCCAGCUAACUUUGCCAAGUUGUUUCCAAAUGUACAAUACUUGAAUUUAAAUUUCAACAAGUUGGAGUCUAUUGAACCAUUAUCUCCUUUGGCAAGUUUGAAAAAAGUGUGGUUAGUGAGCAACAACUUGACUAACUUUUACCUCACCUUGAAACAUCUCAAAAAUUCGAGUGACAAGUUGGUUUUGCUUGACCAGAGAUUGAAUUCAUUCAAUGGAUCAUUUUAUGACUUUGUAUUCACACCUAACGAGGCUGAAGUUGAGAUUGAUUUGGCAACAGUGGAAGACAUAGAGGUGUUUACGGAAAGGUUGGAUGAAUUGAAUUGUACCCAUGAAUGGGAGGCACGAGAUGAAGCAUUUCAACAACAGUUGGAAACCAGGAGGGAGAUGCGUACCAUAAAGGCAAGAGAAGUAUAUCAAAGUUCAACGAUUAUGUUUUUCAAACGGUUGAGAACCCUUGAUGGCAUCCACAUCUCCAAUGCUUACAGAUAUGAUGCUUAUGUUUUAUAUAGAAAAUUAUUUCCCAAGGGUGGCUGA